UCCAACGAUUGAAUCGAGAAAUCCUGCAAUACCCAUCUCAAAAGAGCCAUGAAUAUCUGCUCCCUCAAUCUCAGAAGUACCAACCAAGUCAUUUUCCCUGCGAAAAUCUCCACCUUCCUGCAGAGGAUUCCAUGGCCUCAAAGACCCUUCUGUUGCAAUUUUGAGAAGAUGGGUCCUUUUGAAGCUCAAGGUAGAGAGAUUUUCGAGAUGAGGGUGUUGAAAUCGAAGCUUACUUCAUGUAGAUCUCCAUCUGUCAGAGUGAUGGGAAUGAAGAAGAACCAUGAUAAUUCGUCUUCAUCAGGAAGUGAUGAUCAUUCAGCUCCUGAUGAAGACAACAGUUCAUUUGAGAACACUAACUCCAUGGACCCCAGCAUCCGGAAGUCCCACCAUAUAUUCCGAGAUUGGCGAACUUAUAGGGCGAUUCUUGUAGCUUGGGAGAGGUUGCAGCUAUUGGAUGCUGAUGCUCCUGACCAAUAUGCAGUCCCCUCCGAGCUCUCCAACCCACUUGGUCCCAAGUGGGCCCACCCAAUUUCCAUGCCAGAGACUGGCUGCAUCCUAGUUGCUACUGAGAAGCUUGAUGGUGUUAACAAAUUCGAAAGAAGCGUCGUCCUUCUCCUCAGAGCAGGAACCAAAGACCCAGGGGAGGGUCCUUUUGGAAUCGUUAUCAGCCAUCCACUUCACAAGAAAAUCAAAGACAUGAAAUUUUCGACUCCUGAGCUUGCGACCAAUUUCAUGGAAAGUUAUUUGUACUUUGGUGGGCCCCUCGAGGCUAGCACGUUCUUGUUUAAGACUUGUGACAAUUUGCCAGUACCAGGCUUUGAAGAGGUGAUACCGGGCCUUUGUUUUGGUGCAAGAAACAGUCUAUAUGAAGCCACUCAGUUGGUAAAGAAAGGGGUGCUUAAGCCUCAAGAUUUCAGUUUUUUUGUGGGGUAUGCUGGGUGGCAGUUGGAUCAGUUGAGAGAGGAGAUCGAGUCCGGUAACUGGUUCGUUGCGGCUUGUAGCAUUGAUCUGAUUUGUGGGGUGUCGCCGGAUUCUUCAUCAGGUUUGUGGGAGGAGAUUUUGCAACUGAUGGGUGGUCAUUACUCAGAACUGAGCAGGAAACCGAAGCAAGAUAGCUCAUGAUGGUGCAUGGUUUUCUUCUCUAAGGAGGCCAAAUAGUUCAAAUGUACAUAAACAUCAUUUCAGAUUUUCUAAUCUUGUGUUGUAUCUUCAAAACUCAACAAUGGACCUUUUAAGAGUAGGGUAUAUAAUG